CAGGGAAAAGGGCGGGGCCGGAGGGGCGGGGCGGUUCGCGGACAGGAAGUGGCCCUUGCUGCGGAGAAUCCGAAAUGGGGACCUUCCUGGAUAUCAAAAUUAAAAGAGCGAACAAAGUUUAUCAUGCCGGGGAAAUGCUCUCCGGUGUGGUUGUCAUAUCCAGUAAGGACUCAGUCCAACACCAGGGAGUUUCUUUGACAAUGGAAGGAACGGUAAACCUCCAGCUCAGUGCCAAAAGUGUGGGAGUGUUUGAGGCUUUUUAUAAUUCUGUUAAGCCGAUCCAGAUUAUCACCAGCACCAUAGAAAUGGUGAAGCCGGGAAAGUUUCCCAGUGGCAAAACAGAAAUUCCUUUUGAGUUUCCUCUGCACGUGAAGGGCAACAAAGUUUUGUACGAGACUUACCACGGCGUGUUUGUCAACAUUCAGUAUACACUGCGCUGUGACAUGAGGCGGUCUCUGUUAGCCAAGGACCUGACGAAGACCUGCGAAUUCAUCGUUCACUCCACGCCUCAGAAGGGGAAGCUGACUCCAAGUCCUGUGGACUUCACCAUUACACCUGACACCUUACAGAACGUCAAAGAGAGAGCCUUACUCCCCAGAUUUCUUAUUAGAGGACAUCUCAACUCAACUAACUGUGUUAUCACACAGCCACUCACAGGGGAGCUGGUGGUUGAGAACUCAGACGCAGCCAUCAAAAGCAUAGAGCUGCAGCUGGUGCGUGUGGAGACCUGUGGGUGUGCAGAAGGCUAUGCUCGGGAUGCCACGGAGAUUCAGAACAUCCAGAUUGCCGAUGGGGACGUCUGCAGGAGCCUUUCUGUGCCCAUAUAUAUGGUGUUCCCCAGACUGUUCACCUGCCCCACACUGGAGACCACCAACUUCAAAGUGGAAUUUGAGGUUAACAUCGUUGUACUCCUUCAUCCUGAUCAUCUCAUCACGGAGAAUUUCCCUCUGAAGCUCUGCAGGAUCUAGGCCACAAGUUGGGAAGCACAGAGUCGAGUGGCCAAGUGGAAACCCUGCUGGUUGCCAGACUUCUACAGGAGCCACAGCCUGUGGCACAGACUUGUUUUCUUGAUUAUUCUGUAUCAGAAAAGAACCUGACUGCUCAUGUCGUCAUCUCCACCCUUGUUUCUUGUUUCCUUGCGGCUUCUGCUUCCCGUGUGCACCUCUGUAAUCAGACCUUUGAAAUUCAACAGGAUUUCUUAAUCUUAUUUACAAGAUCAUUUCGCAGAAAACAAAACUUCCUAUUAUUCCUGGCUUACCUUUUUAUAGAUAGUAAGACAGUGUCUAAUGGUAGUUUGGAUUUUGCUGGAAAGUGAGAUCACGGGAAAUGAAACCUCCCCAGCUCGCUGAUGGCUGCAGCUGGGAAUUGGGCAGUGAAGGGUCUGUGGCUGGAGCAGAGGCUGUACCCCGGCUGUGAGCUGACGUGGCUAUACGAGGGUCGCGGCUUCUGAAGUGUGUAGAUGUCCUCCAAGGACAAGUGCACCAUGGCCUCUGCUGGGGCUGCGUAGCUUUUUAUCACUCUAGUCUGGAAUUCUUUUUAGAAUGUGUUUCUCUGUAACUCAUAAAUUUAGGGAACUGAAACAGAAAGUCUCCUUGCUGUCACAGGUGAGGGGUUUGGUAAUGAUGAGUGGUGCUGGAGUGUUUUUGAUGUCUCAGGAACUGGUGUAAAAUCUAUCAUAUUCCCAGGAGAUACUGAAACCCAGAAUUACGUACAAAGGAAAAGUGGUGGCAGCUGCUGUAGUUGUUGGGCAGUUUCUGAAUGCCAGGAGACCUGUCCCCAGAUGGCUGGGGUACGAGAAAAGUGUCCUGGGCCUGAGGCCCUUGCUGGUCGCACACCCACCUGGGGGACCUGGGUUUGGGGCUAUUUUUGGCUUCACUCCCAUGUGGUGCACAGUGUGCGGUGACUCAGCCAUGCCACAUUUCUUCCUUUGAAUCCUGCCACUGCGUCUGUUGGUGUGCGGUUAGUGAGACUUCACGAAUAAGUCAUGCCCCCGGGCCUGCCAACCAGCCUUCCCUUACAGCUCCUCACCCUGGACAGGCCUGGGUAAGGCAGCCUCGGCUGGGGCCCCCCAGGCCCUGCCCGCCCCCCGAGCUUGCUGUGUUGGGUGGCACAGGGCACACAGGCCUGACUGAGGGGCUGCUCUAUUCUGGGCCCUUACCAGAGAAACAGAGUAACUCUGGGUCACUUAAAAAGUUCAUUCCCAGAGAAUGUGUUUCUGGUUUAUAAAUCUUUCAUGCUCACAUGACAUUAGUAAUUGUCUGCCUUCAAUUGUGUGUUUAAACUAGAGCAGAGAAAAAGAGGCCACACUUUCUGGGAAAUUCUUCAGGUAGAAAUCAUUUUUAAUCUAAAUAAUAGGCUAAAAAAGAAUUUUGAGGACUGUGUGGGCCAUCUGUUGCUAUGUACCUUCCUUAGUAAACUGAUUUUGUGAAUGUCAGUGUGAUGUAUGCACUUCUCGAGGAGAGUAGUUACGCUUGAGGAGCCAACCCAGCUCCCAUUGCCACUUCUUUCAACCCUGAGUGGCCUCUGCUCGGCCGUUUCCACCCACUUCUUUGUCUGACUUUUCCGUGAUCUGCCAGUAAGGAAAAUGCAGAAGUGUGGGUGUCGUGGGCAGCAGCCACCCGACACGGCCCUGGCUGCCUGAGCUUGGGGUGCUCAUUGUUGGAGGUUCAGCGUUGUCGAAUUCUCCAGUCAGAGCAAAAAGAGAGGAAACGAAGGGGAAGAUCAAGGAGAAGCCGUGAACUGAAUCUAAAGCAACAUGUUUCCUGGCAGUGCUGUUUAGGCAGAGACACAUUUUGGCUAUCAGCUCUGUAAUUACUCCAGCAGAAAUGGGCCCUGGCUCCAGUUCCUGCCGUGUUGUCAGCUCCAGGGUAAAGGUCAAGGUACAUCAGAAAUAAAGUGAUAUAAAAAGCUCA